AUGGCGCCUUCGAAUCCCCUUCGGAGGCUCGUGGCCAUCAUAUGGGGUGACGUGCAGGCAAACGCCCCCUGGCAGCGCAUCGUCAAAACGUCAAUCGGAUGCACCGUUGCCAUGACCAUCGCCAUACUUCCAGCCCUCAAAGCCAAGGCUGUCGUCCUCAUCCCCAUGGUCGCCGUCUUGGCCCACCCCGGCCAGCGCAUGGGUGUCAUGGUCGAGUCCUUGCUGAUGAUCUUCUUCGGCGCUCUCCUUGGCCUAUCUUGGGCCCUGCUCGGACUGUUCCUUUCGAGCCUCGUUGAGACCAACCCGGCGGCCUCGUACACCAUCCGCGCCAUUUUCCUCCUCGUCUCCGCACUCGCCCACGGCUUCAUCAGGUCGUCGACGCCUCGCCUGUUCCCUUUUGCGUUCUUCCUUCUUAUCAUCUCCUUGAUGACGAUUCAGCUCCCGAGCGAUGCGACCACGUCGCUCUUCACGGCCUUGUACAUCCCCAUCCUCCUCGGCGGUGGUGUUGUGCUCGUCGUCAACCUUUCAAUCUUCCCCGAGCUCUCCAGCAGCUACCUGGGUUCCUCCACAAUCGAUGCGUUGUCCGAGACCAUCGAGACCUUAACCCGCGCGACCCACUGGUUCGUGACCCCUGGCGGUGACGCCGAGGAGGCCAGGCUGGCCAAGGACCUGCAAGCCGGACUCGGCGCCGCCUUGACGAGUGUGAGCAGCAGGGGAGGCUACGAACGCAGGCUGCACGGGACCUGGCGCAGUGUCCGAAGCUUUCUCUCCCAACUCCCCAGUCCGUUUACGACGCCCAAAAGUCCAUCCGCCUAUGCCAAUGUGCCUCCUCUUCUCACCACAUUGGCUCACAUGACAGCCCAGAAAUCGGUGCUGCGAACGCAGCUCUCUCGCUGCAAAGCUGCCCAGGACGAGAUCAACUUCGAGGUGUCUGUAUCAGCCUUGCCGCCCAUCGGCAUGAGACCCAUCAGCACGCAGCACAUGUCAGGCAUGGUGAAAAACACCAUAAUCCUCAUCGGUGCCUGCGAAAACAAGUUCAUCGUCAUCGGAAAGGGCGAAGACGACGUGGGAGACGACCUUCAUUUGGAAAAAGGUCAUGAAGCAGGAACGAAGACACCACCCCCGACGCCCAUCACGAGACCCAAGUUCAGCAAAAGCGAGAGCUACGCGGCCAAGGUGAACAGUGUGAGACCCGUAAAGGAAAUAGAGACGGGCAGCGCGCAGCUCCUCGAAUCCAUCCUAGCACGCAUCAGACCGCCUGUGCAAGACUUUGAGGCCUCCCUGGGCGAUGCCGUCAACCUCGUUACGUCCUGCCUUGCCUACUGCUACGACGUACCCAAGCUGCCCUCUGGCGCAUUUGCUCCCAAGGGGAUUCUACUGGAGGAGGUCGACCUGCGCAUCGACCAGUUCACCAACGCCAUCGCCGUCUUCGACGCAAGGUCCGCCGAGGAACUGAAGCAAGCUGCCAUGGAAACGGGCCAGACCGUGGACUUUAUGCCACGCAUGGAAACCUUUCUGGUCUCCUCUUUCAUACUUGCAUUUCGAGACGCCGCCAUACAAGUUCUCAACAUGCUCCGGCACGCCCGGUACCUCGUCGACAAGAGGCAACGGCAUCACGGCCGAUCACGACUCUGGCUGCCUCAGUACACGAGCUUUCGCCGCUGGCUCUCCACUGGUGGUGAGUCGGAUGGCAUGGUCCUUCCGGACAGCGCCAAGAAAGCGGCCCGUACCGGCAAACGCGAUCGUUCGUCACCGUCGCAGCAUGAUGAAACCGCGCCGCCUUACGACGAGAGCGGUGAAAAGAGGACGACGGAUGAGGAGUCCUUGACCGGCCGGGACGGAAAAUCGGAGGAAAGAAAGGCGGCUCCGACCAAGUUGUCGCGGAAAAAGGCCGAGGCAACAAAUUUGGCCUUGCUACCGAGGGUCCGUUCGAUGGCUGCCGACGGCAUCGAGUGGACGCAGCAGUCGGAAGACCUGCACUACGCGCUCAAGCUUUCCAUCGCCCUGUUCCUCGUCACCUGGCCGGCAUUUGUAUCGUCGUGGAACGCGUGGUACACGAGCGUCAACGGCAUCUGGGCCCCGUUGCAGCUCAUCCUGGUGUUCGAGGUGGCCAUCGGCACCUCGAUGUACUCGUUUGUCAUUCGACUCAUCGGCGUCCUGUUUGGCUGCAUAAUCGGCUUUCUUGCCGCCGAGAUUGGGAACGGCAAUCGAAUUGCGGUCGUUGCCUUCUUGGUGCUUGGCAUCGUUCCGUCCGUCUACGUUCAAGUCGCAACGAAAUAUGUCAAGGCGGGCAUUGUCUCCACCUUCUCCAUGAGCGUGGUCGCGCUUGCGGCCGUCAACCAGAGCACCCCUGCGUACAAGGUCUUCUACAUGCGCCUCGCCGCCUUUCUGAUCGGCGGAUGUGUCGCCGUCUUGGUCGAGGUUGCCAUCGCCCCGGUGCGUGCGAGGGACCGACUGGUCGAAUCUCUCUCUGCGUCGGUUCGUCAAGUUCAAAGGAUGCAAACCUCCAUGGCCGUCGGCAUCGACACACCCGAUCGUCUCGACAUCCGGUCGCAUGCACGCCUUGUCCGCUUCAAUCACGCCCGAGACAAGGCACAAGGCGCCCUCACGGCUGCGGAAACGUUCCUCCCGUUUUGCCUCAACGAGCCUCGGCUCAAAGGAAGCUUCAAGCCGCUGGCUCCGAUAUACAAGGAGAUUAUAUACGUGCUGCAUCAGAUCAUCGACCGCAUGGACAACGUCGUCCAGCUUCGCAGAGCGUACGGAUCGUCGAUCCUCGAGGAUCUGAAUACCCAAGUGUAUGCGUACCGGCGAAAUGUCGCCGCCAGCUGCGUCUUGAUUCUCUUUUCCGUCAACGAGGCCUUGACGACGUGGCUGCCGCUCCCACAGUUCAUCCCAUCCGCUCGCGUGGCUCUACUGCGGUUGAUCAACCGCGUCCGCUUGGUUCUCAUGUCGCAAGGCUCGGCUUCCUCCGCCGACGAUGACGCCGACCAGCGUCGCGAGACGAUGGGCGAACUGGACGAGGAGACGGCGAGCCUCAUCACCAAACGCAAGUUCUUGUCGUGGAACGCCAGCACGGCCGGCAUGAUGGAAAUUAUUGAAUAUCAGGAGGAACUCAUGGAGCUCGUCAAGCUCCUCGUCGGCGUCAACGCCUUUCGAAGCGGCAUGCUCGAACGGCCCGACUACAGGCACUACGUGCGAAGUAUCGAAUCGAACCAAGCGAAGCUGGGAAAGGUUCGAUCGGACGGCACGGAUGGGUCGGCGAACGAGCAAGGAGAAAGCAGGACUUCCUCCGAGACGGGCGUGAGGGCUGACCGACUGAGGAAGUUUGCCACCGCCGAGCAGGCAGCGAAUCGACCCCUGCAGGCAGGGCCUGCGGACGGCGGUACUGGUGAGGAAGAGGAGGACGGUAUCCCGCACAGUUUGCAGCGGAUCGGCCCAGCGAUGGCACCUACGAGGGACUACUACGCCGAUCUAGAACUGCCGACUACGGCAGACAUUCAAGAUGUGAAGAAACAGUUCCGAAAGCUGGCUCUGAAAUAUCAUCCGGACCGCAAUCCUGGCCGGGAGCAGGAAGUCAACUCCAAAUUUCAAGUCAUACAGUCGGCACACGAGAUCCUGUCGGACCCUACACAAAAACAAAAGUACGAUGCGACCCUCAGUCGAUCGAGAGGGCCUGGCGCCUCCGGUGUCAAAGGCAACCCGUGGGCGAACGUCGGCCAACACUUCCCGCCUCCGCCACGACGCAACACGGCCGCCCGAAAUGCCACCUCCGGCACGUCCGGGGCGCAGCGAUGGCAAACCCGCUUCUCCCACGGUGUCCCCCCCACGGCGAAGCAGCCUGCGGGAUCCGAUCCGGAGGCAAAGAAAAAUGCCGCCCGGGCAUUCGAGAACAUGCGGAAGACGCACUCGCAAGGCACUGCCAAGAACCCGCCGCAAGACGGUCGACCUUCGCAGACGCCUCCUGCCCCACCGCCUCGGACGGAGUCUCAAAAACAGCGUGCUCAGGCCUCGUUCGGGGCCCGAAAAACCGGCUAUCAGCCACGGUCAGGCGUAUCGGGGGACGAACCCCCCGUCUCAGCUUCCAACUACUACUCGAAGAUGAACGCGGAGCAGUCGAAUCCUCCGCGACCGCCUCCUCGCCCAGCCCAAUCCGGCACGAUGCCCGACCCCCUGAGCCAAUUCAGGGAUCGAGACCACUUUUCCGAUUCCAGGCAAAGGUCCCCCUACAGUUCCCACGGCGGCGAGAAGACGGACCCGUUUGAUGGAGUCCCAUUGAGCCGCGCCAAGAGCACCAAAGAGUCAUAUCGUCGUGACGACUCAUCCAGCUCCGACAAUGGGUCUUUCGACAAGCAUAAGCAUCGAAGCUCGAGUGUUCCCAAAGCUAGACGGCAAGAUGAUGCCGCCUACGGCGUGAAUGCUGCACGGGAAAAGGAUGGUCGGUCUCGGUCGGCCAACGAGAACACUGAUGGCGUGAGCGACACGUCCUUCAAGCACCGCGAUGAACCCGCAGAUCGAUCCAGCUCCGGUCAAAGCCAAUGGCAAGAUAAACGAAAUGCGCAAAACAAAAGUGACACUGGACCCUCCAUGUAUGGCACACCUUGCGAUCAGCCGUCUUUGCCUUCCGUUUUUGCUUCGUAUCGCAACCAUGACGAUGGUUGCCUUUCGUCUUGGCAGACGCUUCAUGAGUAUGACGCCGGCCGUGUGUACAGAUCGAGAGAGGACUCGAGUCCCGAACUGGCUCCCAGUGGAAACCAGGAUGCACUUCGAUCUCUCGCUCCUUUUGAGCUGCGGCAGCACCUGAUUCUUGAUCGAUUGAUCAGCAACAAGGGGGCUGGCGUUCCGCCCGAUUUGACGACGAAGAAUGCUCACGUCAUGACUGAUUUUUGCCAUGGGGACAAGCUUGCUGACAUGGACCUCCACGACAGCUUCAGUUACUCGACGGACGAUGAUGCUUUUCAGAAAGCCUCCUACUCGCCUGAGCCGAAAGGGUUUUCCAGGAGCAGCAUCGACGACAUCAACACCAAGUUUGGUCACGACAAGGGACCCAGCACAUGGCAGUUUAGCGCCAGCAACGGGGAGCAGGAUGGCUACACACCUGGUCGAUCCCCUUCCGGCAGCCGCGGCAGUCGUUGCUCGCCUCUGAGGUCCGCUGCAACGCCUCGGUCUGAUGCUUCCAAUCUCGAGCCGCAGCGAGAGGGCACCGCUACCGGCUUCAACGCCGAUGGUUGGAGCGACAAGUUUGGUCCGCAGACCUUUGUCCCGCAGCCGACGGCCGGUGUCUCGACUUCGCCCAUGCGGCCGAACCGCACCAACUCUAGGAGAGUGAAAAGGGCGACGACGGGAAACGCCGCCAUGGUCGAUGACGAAAGCAGCGACGGCGAAACGUACGAAUGGCGCGGGCGAAACUCGCAGGUGCCACCGCGAGGAACAGACAGCCCGCAGGCGAUGGACAUUGACUCGCCGCCUUCCGACACGCCGGAGUCUCCUGUCGAGGCCAACGGUGUGAGAAACAUUCCGGUAGAGCCUUCCCGACCGGAAUGGCGCUCCGGAAAUGUCAACGCCUUCACCGGCGACGCCAAGCCGCCUGAGCGACCGGCCAAGAUUCACAUGGACGCUAACGCCGUCGGUUCGGAAGACUGCGAAGAGUUCAGGGCCACACUCGCCGAUCUCAAGAACGUAGCUCCCUUCGCCCACCAGCCGUCCGGACUGCGGUCCAUGGACGACCUGAAGGAGAAUCUCCCUUUCGACAGCAAGGCAUCAGAUCAGCUGCCGAUGGAGCUGCCCAAAGUGCAGCCUUUGCUCUUCCCGGCGUCGCCUGAAGCACCACGACUACCCUCGGCCAUUGGCAUGAGCGGCGUCAAGCCUAGCGUCGAAGUUUGGAGCAAAUACCUAGACGAGUUCAAGAUCUAUCUCCAGAAGUGGGAUGAGUUCAAUGGUCAGGUGGUGGAUCAUUUUGCCACCCGCAAGGCCCACGUCGCUCGAACACGAGGCUCGAAAGGAUACGGCUUCCUGGGCGCUCGCAGCGACGGCGACGUGCAAGAAUACUACAACUGGGUCCAGCAAGACGGCGAUGUUCGACGGCGUUGGAACGCCGCUUGCGAGGAACACGAGCGGCAUUUGCGCGAGUUUAUGGCGUUUCGAGAAAAGAUGAAGUGA